AUGCAGAAGCAGAAGACGGUCGGGUCGAACCGAUGUCUUCGCUGCGUUGGAGCGGAUUCUCUGUUGCGGGUGAGACCAGAUUCGAGAGUCGAGUCCGGUCCUCAAGGCGGAGGAACGCCUGGACGGGGAGCGAGCGUUGGCACAAUUUGGGUGAGUGGUGACGUGGGCACCCGCCUCGCAUGCAAGUGGCGAGGCGAGGCGAAGGCGAGACCCAAAGCUUCCACAUCACCAGGCGUCGGAGUAGAGCUGCGCCUUCCCACUUUCGGCUGCUUUGCGCCAAAGGCCCAGAGCACGGCCCUCUGUCGUUCUCACUUCACAUCUUCCCUCACCGGCAAUCAUCCCUCCCUCGCAUUAACGCAACUUCUCCUCCUUCCACGUCGGCAUCUUAUUCCUUUCUUCUUCCCGUCCACCAGCCUCACUCAGCCGCUUGCAUUACCACACCCUGUUGCUGCUGCUGCCGCCACUGCUGCCAUCGUCGCCGUCGCCACAAUGAAGCCCGCCGUCGCAGCCGCCCUCGCCGCCUUCGUCCUCGCAGAGGUCGUCUCCGCCGAUGCCGCCAGGCCACAGUUCACCCCCACAUCCAUCCAGGCCCCCUUCAUCGAGCAGUUCACCUCGGAUUGGUCCGAACGAUGGCAGACCUCCCAAGCCUCCAAGUUCCAGAAGGAGGACGACACCGAGGCCUUCAAGUACGACGGCGUCUGGGCCGUAGAGGAGCCCGAGGUCUUCCCCGGCCUCGCCGGCGACACCGGUCUCGUGCUCAAGUCCAAGGCCAAGCAGCACGCCAUCUCCCACCUCUUUGACACGCCCAUCGACCCCAAGGGCAAGCCCCUCGUCGUCCAGUACGAGGUCAAGCUGCAAAAGGGUCUCGGAUGCGGCGGUGCUUACAUCAAGCUCCUCUCGGCAACAGAAGCAGGCGUCACCCCAGACGAGUUCUCGGACAAGACCCCUUACACCAUCAUGUUCGGCCCCGACAAGUGCGGCCAGACCAACAAGGUCCACUUCAUCUUCCGCCACAAGAACCCCAAGACCGGCGAGUUCGAAGAAAAGCACGUCAAGUACCCCGCAUACCCCAAGCUCGCAAAGACCUCGACGCUCUACACGCUCGUCGUCCAGCCCGACCAGACCUUCGAGAUCUUCAUCAACAACGAGAGCAAGAAGAAGGGCUCCCUCCUCGAGGACUUUGAGCCCCCCGUCAACCCGUCCAAGGAGAUCGACGACCCCACCGACUCCAAGCCCGCCGACUGGGUCGAGCAGGCCAGGAUCGCCGAUCCCACCGCUACCAAGCCCGCCGACUGGGACGAGGAUGCGCCGCUCGAGAUCCCCGACGACGAGGCUACGAUCCCUGACGGCUGGCUCGAGUCCGAGCCCCUCACCGUGCCCGACCCGGACGCACAGAAGCCCGAGGAGUGGGACGACGAGGAGGACGGCGAGUGGUUCGCUCCCAGCAUCCCCAACCCCAAGUGCGAGGCCGCCCCCGGCUGCGGCGAGUGGGUGCGUCCCGUGAAGCGCAACCCGGCCUACAAGGGCAAGUGGUCUGCGCCGCUCAUCGACAACCCGGACUACAAGGGCGUCUGGGCCCCGCGCAAGAUCGCCAACCCCAACUUCUUUGAGGACAACAGCCCCGCCGACUUCAACCCCAUCGGCGGUGUCGGCUUCGAGCUCUGGACCAUGGACGAAGACAUCCUCUUUGACAACAUCUACAUCGGCCACGACCCUGCACAGGCCAAGGCCUUCUCCGCCGAGACCUUUGAGCAGAAGAUCAAGAUCGAGCAGGGCCAGGAGGACGCCGAGAAGGAGCAGGCUGCCAAGGCCGCCGAUGUUGCCGAGGGCGCCGGCUUUGUCGACCAGGUGCGCUCGCACGUCAACACCUUCAUCGGCGCCGCACGCCAGGACCCCAUCGCGGCGAUCAAGGAAAUGCCCCAGGUCGCCGGCGGCCUCGGCGCCGCCUUUGCUGGUCUGCUCGGUCUCGUCGGUCUCGUCGGUGGCGUGCUCGGUGGCAGCAGCGCCAAGGUGCCCAAGGACGCCAAGAAGGUCGAUGCACCUUCCGCCAAGGGCAAGGCCAAGGAGUUCGCUGCCUCCGCCAAGGCGUCGGCCGUCCAGGCCAAGGACGGCGUCAAGAAGCGCGCCAACGCCGUGGCUGCCAAGGUCGACGACGCGGCAGACGACGAGUAG